UUUGACAUCGUGCCCCGCUCUGUUUUUCUCGUGCAAAAACCCCUAAAAACCACGAAAUAAAUUCGAAAAUUCAUCAAUUGACAAUCGACAAUGACACGUGCUCCAUAAUUGAGUCAUUAAUCAUGUGAUAGUGGUGUAAAUAAACACGAAUGAACGAGAAGAAUCAACAAUGGUCCAGCGGCACUCGAAUCCCCCGGAAAAUACCAGCUGAACUUUUCAUGUAAAAAAAAAAAUUGAAAAAAUCUUUUGCAACAAAUAAUCAAGAAAAAUGGCGCCUCCAGACCCGCUGACACAGAUGAACACGUACAGAUCGUACGUGACGACGUUGGCGGAUCCAGGGUCAAAGGACGAGUUGAAACUCAAAGCUGCCCAGGAGUUGUCCGAGAACUUCGAGGUGAUAAUGUGCGCCACCCAGUACCCCGCAUUCCUGGAUCACCUGAUGAAGAUCUUCCUGAAGAUCCUGCAGGAGGGGGAGCCACACUUCAUAUCAGAGUACAAUAUUCAGCAAGUGAGGAAACUUAUCCUGGAGAUGAUCCACCGAUUGCCGACUAAUGACUAUCUUCGUCCUUACGUCAAACAAAUUCUGAGUCUUAUGCUUAAGCUACUGGAGACUGAGAACGAGGAGAAUAUCCUCGUUUGUCUGAGGAUUAUCAUCGAGUUGCAUAAGCAGUAUCGACCUCCGUUCAAUCCAGAGAUACAACACUUCCUCCAAUUCGUCAAGUCCAUCUACUCAGAGCUCCCCAAGAACCUCCCCAAGAUAUUCGAGCCCCGACCCCCCCUCCGCGUUAAAGACCUAUCAGAAAUAAACAUCGAGUCCCUCCUGAAGGAGACCUUCACGAUAACAGCAAUCCAAAGCGAAAAGAAAGCCGCAGACGGUACAGUAGUAACAUACAAUUUAAUCCCAAAGGCAGUUCUCUCCUUGAAAGUCCUACAGGAGCUACCGAUAAUCGUGGUCCUUAUGUAUCAGAUAUACAAGCAAAACGUCCACCAAGACGUAUCAGACUUUAUCCCCUUAAUCAUGACGACAAUCACCCUGCAACCGUCCCCCCAGCACAGGUCCUCCCCAGGGUUCAAUAAAGAGGUCUUCGUUGACUUCAUGGGGGCUCAGAUAAAGACCCUCAGCUUUCUCGCUUACAUAAUCCGCAUUUAUCAGGAAGUUGUCUCUCAACACAGCCAGAUGAUGGUUAAAGGUAUGUUGGGACUGUUGACCUUGUGUCCGAUGGAGGUGGCUCACCUCAGAAAGGAGUUGCUGAUAGCAGCUCGACACAUAUUGGCAACAGAUCUCAGAACGAAAUUUGUUCCCCACAUGGAGCGACUGUUCGACGAACAAGUACUCCUAGGCAAUGGCUGGACAACUCACGAGUCCCUCAGGCCUCUCGCCUACUCCACCCUAGCUGACCUCGUUCAUCACGUCAGACAGCUUCUACCCUUGAGCGAUCUGGCCCGUGCUGUACACCUCUUCAGCAAGAACGUUCACGACCAAAGUCUCCCCACAACAAUACAAACAAUGUCCUGCAAGCUUCUGCUGAACCUUGUCGAGUGCAUUCGUCAGAGAAGCGAUGCCGAGAACUCGACGCAGGGCAGAGAACUCCUCAUGCGAAUGCUGGAGGUCUUUGUUCUUAAAUUCAAAACGAUAACCAAACUCCAGAUGCCAGUUCUCUUGAACAAAGCCAGAGGAUCCAAUACCCAGAGUAUCGUCUGCCCCGCUGCGGGAGUAGAACCAAAAACUGAGGACGUUAAACCAGUCAUCGAGACUGACGACAAAGAGACCAAAUCAAAGUUCGGCUUUCCCCAGUCACAAUCGACGAAUUACAACGUCGCUGAUUACAGAUCCCUCGUUAAGACACUUGUCUGUGGGGUUAAGACCAUCACUUGGGGCUGCGCAAACUGCAAGACAGGGGAUGUUGUUCAGUCGAAGCAGUUCCAGCCGAAGGAGACUCUGGUUUUCAUCAGGCUUGUCAAGUGGGCGCUUCAGGCUCUCGACAUUUACACCAUUGGUCCACCAACAGUGGGUGCAACGGUGCAAGGUCAGAUUGGAAGACCUGUUCAGCCUCAGACUGUCAGAACGAAGGAGGAGAAAGAGGUGCUUGAACACUUCAGUGGAGUCUUCUCCAUGAUGAAUCCACAGACCUUCCAGGAGAUCUUCUCCACGACCAUUGAUUACAUGGUCGAGAGAAUAUCCAAAAAUUGCGCCCUCCAGAUUGUUGGCAACUCAUUCCUAGCUAAUCCCACCACAUCCCCCAUAUUUGCAACUGUUCUUGUGGAGUAUCUUUUGGAAAGAAUGGACGAUAUGGGUUCAAACGUCGAAAGAUCAAAUUUAUACUUGAGAUUAUUCAAGCUUGUAUUCGGCUCGGUGUCCCUAUUUCCAGCUGAGAAUGAGCACAUGUUGAGGCCUCAUCUCCAUCAGAUUGUCAACAGAUCCAUGGAGCUUGCCAUGAGCGCUAAAGAGCCUUACAACUAUUUUCUACUGCUCCGAGCCUUAUUCAGAUCUAUCGGUGGGGGUUCCCACGAUCUUCUGUACCAGGAGUUCCUCCCUCUUUUACCAAAUCUGUUGGAGGGUCUCAACAGGCUACAGUCAGGCCUUCACAAGCAGCACAUGAAGGACCUAUUCGUCGAAUUGUGCCUGACUGUUCCCGUCAGGCUGUCAUCACUGCUUCCUUACCUACCGAUGCUGAUGGAUCCCCUCGUCUCAGCGUUGAAUGGAAGUCACACGCUUGUGUCGCAGGGCCUCAGAACCCUGGAACUGUGCGUUGACAAUCUUCAACCUGACUUUCUCUACGAGCACAUACAACCUGUCAGGGCGGACCUAAUGCAGGCCCUCUGGAGGACCCUACGUAAUCCGACGGAUCAGGUGGCACACGUUGCCUUCAGGGUUCUGGGAAAGUUCGGGGGUGGCAACAGGAAGAUGAUGAUCGAGCCACAGAAGCUUGAUUACAACGAUCGAGAGACAAGUUCUCCGUCGAUCGUGGCCAUCUUCAUUGACCAACAGAACAAGCAGUCGUCCAUUGAUUUUCCCGUUGAGAGGGUCAUAGAGACGGCAUUCACAGCUUUAAAGUCCAACACGACUGAUCCUUUCUACAGGAGACAGUGCUGGGAGGUCAUCAAUUGCUACCUGGCAGCAUCGCUGAGGCUUGAUGACGAUCGGUCGAUCCUCUACAAGCUCUUCACCCAUCCCAGCUUCAAGGAAGGCAAGAUUCCCCAUCAACAGGGGCACUACUACAAGUGCCCUGAUAUCGUCACGAGAAAUGUCCAGCAGACAGCGCUCACUGGGCUGUUCGUAGCAGCUGCUAUCAAGGAGUUGAGGCAGUCCGUUCUGGGGACGAUGGUUUCUCUAGUCAGACACUACACGAUGAUCGCUAUUGCUCAACAGGCUGGUCCAUUCUGCCAGACAGCUAGACCUGGAAGACUCCCUGGGGUCUUGGCCCCCAUCAAUCAGGGCCUCGAUCCUUUAGUACUGAUUGAUGCUUUGUCCGUCAUCAUGGGGCAUGAGGAGAAGGAACUGUGCAAACCAGGGCAUCUUGCUCUGGUUUUGAUACUGGAGACUUCUACCAAUAUUCUUGGGACCAAGGAAAGGGCAUGUCAGCUACCACUCAUGGAGUAUCUGGCCGAGAAGAUGUGCUCUUUGUGCUAUGAACGCGCUUGGUAUGCGAAACUUGGGGGCUGCAUUGCCAUCAAGUUUUUGUUCGAACACAUGGCGACAAAGUGGGUGUUGAAUCAUCUAUUCGUGUUCCUGAAGGCUCUGAUGUUCGUGAUGAUGGAUCUGACUGGGGAGGUAUCGAAUGGCGCCAUUGACAUGGCCAAAGCUAAUCUCGAGCAGAUGCUGAGGGUCUGCGUUAACUCGGGGAUUGUUAAGAAGGAGAUGAUGGAGACUGAUAAUCAGGAGGAUGUGACCUCCCAAGAACUCAUCGAGUCGCAAAACAAGAGCCUUUACGAAGUUACUCAUGAGUUGGUGAGACAGGUGACAUCUCCUCACACAAUUGUCCGAGAGCAGGCGAUGGCUUCUCUUCGACUUUUAGCUGAAAUUCAGCAGAAAACUGUGACCGAAGUGAUGGAGCCGCAUAAGGAGGUCCUAGCAGACAUGAUUCCACCGAAGAAACAUCUACUGAGGCAUCAGCCUGCCAAUGCGCAGAUUGGACUCAUGGAUGGGAACACCUUCUGCACAACUCUAUCACCGAGACUCUUCACCAUUGAUCUACAGAUUAUGGAGCACAAGGUGUUCUUCCAGGAGCUGCUAACACUCUCAGAGGCUGAGGACACCACUCUGCAGAAGCUCCCCUGCUACAAAUCAGUGACCAAUCUCAUUCCCUUGAGGAAGUCUGCCUUGAGGGCCCUGGCAGCUUGUCAUUACAUUGUCAACUGUCGUGACAAGAUCUUCGGGGUUCUUUACAAAGCCCUGGAGAAGCCUAAUGGCGAGUUACAAGAGGCUGCUUUCGAGUGCAUGAAGAAAUUCAUAGCUGGAUUUCAGAUUGAAAUGGAGAACGUUCAUUCCAUCAUGAGGCCCAUGCUGCUGACCCUCGGUGAUCACAGAAAUCUAUCUCUCAAUUGUGUCAAAAGACUCUCCUACCUGACACAGCUGUUUCCAAGUACUUUCAGCAUCACUCUGUGCGAGCAACUCCUUCAACAUCUCAGGAAACUACUGGAGAACCUGAUACAGGCGCACAAGGGGGUGUCAAAAUCAGGUGAGAAUGAGCAGAAGAUCGCGACGAUUAUCGGAAUCUUCCAUCAGAUUCCAGCAGCCACUCCAAAGUUCAUAGAUGUUCUCUGUCGACUAGUCCUCCAGACCGAGAAGUCAUUGCUGGUCGAGGCAUCUAGCCCUUUUAGAAUCCCAUUGAUGAGAUUCUUACUGAGAUAUCCCGCUGAAACGCUCAAUCUCUUCUUGCACGACAACAACAUCAAGGACCAGCAGUGGUCGAGGUACCUGGAGUUCUUGAUCAAGCAUAAAGAGGGAAAACCCUUCAGGGAUGUUCUCCACAACAGCACAGCUCGCCUCAUCACGAUGCUCCUGGCCCAUUCCCAAACAAACUCGACAUUGACACCACCUGAGAAGAGUGAGUUGCAGCAUCAGGCCAUAAGGAUUGUAUCUGUACUGAUCAAGUAUGAUGAGCAGUGGCUGUUCAACCAGGAUCAGCUGAUUGCGGCGUUAAAGCAGAUCUGGUGCAACGACGACUACCAAGCACUUCACAAACGAGUUGAUUCCGUCGACUUCUCUCGGUGGAAGGAGCCCAAAUUGAUCGUCAAAAUCCUCCUCCAUUAUUUCGGUCAUCAUCCCAACGACAUUGACCUUCUCUUCCAACUGCUGAGGGCCAACUGCGAUCGCUUCAUACCUGACUUUCAAUUUCUGCGAGAGUUCCUGGAGACUACUGUUGCCCAGGAGUACACGGUGGAGUGGAAACGAGCAGCUUUUUUCAGAUUUGUGGAGCACUUUCCCACCAACAACAUGUCACAGGAGCUCAAAGCCAAGGUCCUCCAGUUGAUCAUCAUCCCCUGCUUUGCUGUGAGCUUCGAACGGGGUGAAGGUGUGAAGCUUGUUGGUGGUGCACCAAUGCCCUAUCAGGACAAUCCUGAGAACGUCGUGUCAGUCUUCAUCAGCAAGAUCAUUGAUCCUGACAAUCCCUUCGGCUCGGCUGACUGCGUAAGGAUAUCACUGCUGCAAUUCUCGUGUCUUCUCGUUGAACAGGCGAGCCAGCAUAUUCACGAUGCUACCAACAAGCGCCAGGGGAACAAGCUGAGGAGACUCAUGACGUUUGCCUGGCCCUGCCUACUCGGCAAAAACUGCGUGGACCCAGCGACGAGAUAUCACGGCCAUCUCUUGCUCUCCCACAUAAUCGCCAAGUUUGCGAUUCACAAGAGAAUUGUUCUCCAGGUUUUCCACUCACUCCUGAAGGCUCACGCUGUCGAGGCUAGGAGCGUUGUGCGCCAGGCCCUGGAGAUCCUGACGCCUGCGAUGCCAGUGAGAAUGGAGGACGGUAACACGAUGCUGACAUACUGGACCAAGAAGAUCAUCGUCGAGGAGGGCCACUCCAUGCAGCAACUCUUUCACAUUCUUCAGCUUGUCGUGCGUCAUUACAAAGUCUACUACCCCGUCCGUCAUCAUUUGGUACAGCACAUGGUGAACUCCAUUCAGCGCCUUGGAUUCAGUCCAACAGCGACUAUUGAGCAUCGAAGACUAGCCGUUGAGCUUGCUGAGGUCAUCAUCAAGUGGGAGUUGCACAGGAUCAAGGACGAGGCGGAGGCAGCCGGUGAAGUGAUCACUCAGACAUCAAGUGGAGUCAAACGACAGAUAACCGGGGAAGAUCCAUCGUCGAAGAGAGUGGCUGUGGGGCCUGCUAUGAGUCCAGGUGUCCUUGUGCAACCGAGAGUGGAGCCCGGUUCGACAAAACCCAUUGAACGCGCUCACGCUGAUGCUAUAUUGAAUUUUCUAUUGAGGCUGGCUUGUCAGGUUAAUGACGGCACCACCACGACAACGCCUGCUGCAACGACGGCUGCCGUUGCAGCAGCAGCCGCAGCAGCGGCUUCCGGUGCGUCAACCACAGCUGCUGCAACGGCAACCGCCAAUGCGAAUGCGGCUGCUGCCACGGUAGGACAGGGAGGGAAUCCAGGAGAGCAGCUCUCAAGGAGAUGUGUUACUCUCCUCAAGAUGGCACUGAAACCCGAUGUCUGGCCGCAGUCGUGUGAUCUCAAGCUGGCUUGGCUGGACAAGGUCUUUGCGAGUGUUGACAAUGCCCAGCCGAAUUAUGGAAAUAUCUGCACGGCUCUUGAGCUCGUGACUUUUCUCCUUGGGGUGAUGAAACGUGAGCAGAUAUUGGCAAGUUUUAAACCACUUCAGAGAGGGCUGGGAGCCUGUAUUGCCAGUGCCAAUACCAAAGUCAUCAGACUGGUGCACGGCCUGCUGUCCAGGCUGAUGACACUGUUUCCGACUGAGCCGACGUCGUCAACUGUGGCCUCCAAGCACGAGGAGCUGGACACCCUCUACACGACUGUUGGAAAAUUCGUGUUUGAUGGUCUCGCGGCCUACGAGAAGAACCCCUCAGCCGCACCUAGCACUCUAUUCGGGACACUGAUGAUGCUCAAGGCAGCAUGUACCAACAAUCAGAGCUACAUUGAUCGAUUGAUCACACCAUUCAUGCGAGUCCUCCAGAAAAUGGCGAAGGAUCAUCUCCACUCGACGCAGACCGAGUCGAAUCCUGUUGGGAGUGAGCUGCUGAUCCUCAGUUUGGAUCUUGUCAAGAGCAGGGUUGGGGUGAUGGGAGUGGACAUGAGGAAGUCGUUCAUUGGCGCUAUCCUCGUGGGACUCAUUGAGAAGACUCAGGACAUCAAGGUCAUGAAGGCGAUAACCAAGAUGCUGGAGGAGUGGAUGAAGAACAAGAAUACUAUUGCCAUGAAUCAGGCUCCCAGCCUUCGGGAGAAGUCGAUUCUCCUCGUGAAGAUGAUGCAGUACGUGGAGAAGAGGUUUCCAGAUGAUCUUGAGCUCAAUGGACAGUUUCUCGAGCUCGUCAACUUUGUUUAUCGAGACGAGACACUCAAGUCCUCUGAGCUGACCUCGAAACUCGAGCCGGCUUUUCUCAGCGGCCUCAGGUGCAUUCAACCCCACAUCAGGGCCAAGUUCUUUGAAGUUUUCGAUGGCUCCAUGAGACGAAGACUCCAUGAUAGACUGCUGUACAUCGUUUGCAGUCAGAGCUGGGACGCCAUGGGGCCGCAUUACUGGAUUAAACAGUGCAUUGAGCUCCUCCUGGUGACGGCGUCCUCAACUACUCAGAUCCAAUUGUCGAAUCAAGACACAUUACUUCCGUCAGUCAACUCAAUCAUCAAUGUGGCGGACUCUGAGGACCUGAAGUGCUUCAUGAUGUACACGAAUGUGAAGGAGGAGCCUCAGGAGAUCCACGAGCAAACUGACAUCGCUGGCGAUCUUGCUGACACGAAGGACUCCAUCAUGAGAGAGAAAGACGAGAUCUUCGAUCUUGAUCUAUCGACAGUGGAUCCAAGCGGAACGGUACCUGAAGACGUCGUCAAGACUGUCACUGAGCAGACAGGCACUCUGACCCAACUGGUCUCCAAACAGUCGGACUUCAUUGAGUACUCGAGGAAGAUCAGGACAGAGCAACUGUUGAACUCGGCCUCUCAGCUCUGCCACAUGGACACCAGUCUAGCUGAAUGUGUCUGGCUCGACACAUUCCCCAGACUGUGGUCCAUUCUGGAUGACCACCAGCACAACACCCUGAUCGGUGAGAUUGUGCCCUUCGUAUGCUCCGGGACCCACGUGAUCCAGAAGGACUGCCAUCCCUCGGCAAUCGCAACGUUCGUGGAGGCACUGGCUCAUUGUGACCCACCAGUGCCCAUGAGACCAGCUUUGAUGAAGUACUUGGGGAGAUCUCACAAUCUCUGGCACAGGAUGACCCUCAGUCUCGAGCAGAUGGCGUUUGACGGCAAUAAUUCGACAAGUGGCAGUAGAAAAACGAGGGACACUGACUGCUAUGACUUUGAACCUGAUAACAGCCCUCACGCCGAGGUCUUGGACUCAUUAUCAGACAUGUACUCGUUACUCUGCGAGGAGGACAUGUGGGCUGGACUCUGGCAGAAGCACGCGCAUUACAAGGAGACCCUGCAGGCCACAGCCCUGGAACAGCAGGGAUUCUUCGAGCAGGCCCAGGGUGCUUACGACCUGGCUAUGACCAAAUUCAAGCAGGAUUACGUGACAACACCUGCACCAUUCAAGACCCAACGCGAGGCGAUUCUCUGGGAGCACCACUGGAUCAGGUGUGCCAAAGAGCUUAACCAGUGGGAUCUUCUUCUGGAGUACGGCAGCAAGAAAGCGGAGAAGAAUCCUUUCCUCAUUCUCGAGAGCUCCUGGAGAAUUCCAAACUGGGGACUGAUGAAGGAGGCCCUGGCACAGGUCGAGCACAACUGCCCCAAGGAGAUGGCGUGGAAGGUGAAUCUCUACCGUGGCUUCCUCGCAAUCUGUCACUCAGAGGAUCAGCAUCUCAAUGCAGUCGAGAGAUACGUGGAGUUGGCCUCGGGUUUGUGCAUGAGAGAGUGGAGGAGACUUCCUCACAUUGUCUCCCACAUUCACCUGCCUCUGCUCCAGGCAGCCCAGCAGAUAAUGGAGCUGCAGGAGGCCAUGCAGAUUCAUCAGGGCCUCAUCCAUGGUCGCUCCUCAUCCCUUCACGAUAUGAAGGCCAUCGUCAAGACCUGGAGAAAUCGCUUACCAGUUAUUGCUGAUGACUUGAGCCACUGGUCCGACAUAUUCACGUGGCGCCAGCAUCACUACACCUUCAUCUCGUCACACUACGAUGCCCAGCAAGACCAGGCGACCAAUCACUCCAUGUUCGGGGUGCACGCGUCAGCCCAAGCCAUCAUCCAUUUCGGAAAAAUAGCCAGGAAGCACAAUCUCACUGGUGUCUGUCUAGAUUCACUCUCCAGGAUCUACACGAUCCCAAGUGUUCCCAUCGUCGACUGCUUUCAGAAGAUCAGACAGCAGGUCAAGUGCUAUCUCCAGAUGGCGUCUGUCAGCGGUAAGAAUGAACUUCAAGAUGGCCUCGAGGUCAUCGAGUCGACGAAUCUCAAGUACUUUACGAAGGAGAUGACUGCUGAGUUCUACGCACUCAAGGGAAUGCUUCUCUCCCAGAUUGGGAGGUCAGACGACGCCAACAAGGCGUUCUCAGCUGCUGUCCAGAUGCACGACACUCUGGUGAAGGCGUGGGCACUCUGGGGGGACUACCUCGAGCACAUAUUCACCCGUGACUCCAGACAGAUAUCAAUCGGUGUUUCAGCCAUCACCUGUUUCCUGCACGCCUGCAGACACCAGAACGAAUCCAAGUCUCGCAAGUAUUUGGCCAAAGUCCUCUGGCUGCUGACGUACGACGACGAGAAGUUCUCGCUCAUGGAGGCACUCGAUAAAUACGCUGUUGGGGUUCCACCGAUUCAGUGGCUACCCUGGAUACCUCAGUUGCUGAUGUGCCUAGUUAGAAAUGAAGGCAAUGUCAUACUCAAUCUGUUGUCUCAGGUUGGGAGGAUGUUCCCACAGGCUGUUUACUUCUCGAUAAGGACUCUCUAUCUCACACUGAAGAUCGAGCAGAGGGAGAGGUACAAGAGUGCUGAACUCGCUGGGAAGACUGAGGAGGGCAGGGGUGUGCAGCCUGGCCCUGAGACCGGACCCAUCAGGGCUACACCACCCAUGUGGAGGUGCUCCAAGAUCAUGCACAUGCAGAGGGACAUUCAUCCCACUAUUCUGUCGUCCUUGGAGGGCAUUGUCGAUCAGAUGGUGUGGUUCAGGGAGACUUGGUAUGAGGAAGUGCUCAGGCAACUCAGGCAGGGACUUGCCAAGUGCUAUGCCAUUGCUUUUGAGAAUAGGGGGGCUGUGUCUGAAGCCACCAUUACUCCGCAUACCCUCAAUUUUGUCAAGAAACUUGUGUCGACUUUUGGCAUUGGCAUUGAGAAUAUUUCGUCGUCGCAGAAUGUCAAUAAUACUUUUGGUUCGGCUGCCUCGGAGAGCCUUGCCAGGAGGGCGCAGGCCACUGUGCAGGAUCCAGUCUUUCAGAAGAUGAAGGGACAAUUCACCUCGGAUUUUGACUUCACGGUUCCCGGGGCCAGGCUGCUGCAUAACUUGAUCAGCAAACUGAAGAAGUGGAUUAAGAUCUUGGAGGGGAAGACCAAGCAGCUGCCCAAGUCCUUUCUCAUUGAGGAGAAGUGCAGAUUUCUGAGUAAUUUCAGUCUUAAGACUGCGGAGGUGGAACUACCGGGGGAGUUUCUACUGCCCAAGCAUUCGCAUUACUACGUCAGAAUCGCCAGGUUCAUGCCAAGGGUGGAGGUGGUCCAGAGGCACAACACAGCAGCCAGGAGAUUGAGGAUCAGAGGUCACAACGGAAGACUGUAUCCAUACCUAGUGGUGAAUGACGCUGGGCUUGGUGACGCAAGGCGAGAGGAACGGGUGCUGCAACUGCUAAGAAUGUUGAAUCACUACCUGGCGAAGCAGAAGGAGACCUCGAGGAGAUUCUUGCACUUCACUGUGCCAAGGGUGGUCGCUGUGUCACCCCAGAUGAGGCUUGUCGAGGACAAUCCAGCGUCGGUUUCCCUCCUGGACAUCUACAAGAAGGGCUGCACCAAGAUGGGAAUUGAGCAUGACGCCCCGAUAGCCAGGUACUACGAGAGGCUAGCUGCGGUGCAGGCGAGGGGGGCUCAGGCCAGUCACCAAGUGCUCCGGGACAUUCUCAAGGAGGUGCAGACCACUAUGGUCCCCAGGACAAUGCUGAGAGACUGGGCGAUCAAGACCUUCCCCUCAGCCACUGACUACUGGACCUUCAGAAAGAUGUUCACACUCCAAUUGUCCCUCGCUUGUUUCGCUGAGUAUGUCCUCCAUCUGACGAGACUCAAUCCUGACAUGAUGUAUGUGCAUCAGGACUCGGGCCUCAUCAAUGUCGCCUACUUCAAGUUUGAUAUUGAUGACACCAGUGGAGAGCUAGAUGCCAACAGACCUGUGCCCUUCAGGCUUACCCCCAAUAUUCUUGAAUUCCUGACGACCACUGGUGUCUCUGGACCUCUGACUGCCUCUGCCAUUGCCACUGCCAGGUGUCUUGUGCAGCCUUCCUUCAAAGUUCACACCAUUCUUAGGGCCAUCCUCAGGGACGAGGUCAUUGCUGAUCAUAAUAAAAAGCAGGAUGACCCUGAGAAUGCAACGCAGGUUCAGGAUAUGAAGGGAGAACUGCUGAUCACCAUGGUCACGAGGGCUGUCAAUGCUAUUGUACAGAGGCUCAAUUCCCUGGCGACAUUCGAUGGAACUGACAGCAAGGUCAGCACACUUGUUGCUGCUGCCAACAGUCAUGACAAUCUCUGUAGGAUGGAUCCCAGUUGGCAUCCUUGGUUGUAAAUUUUAGGGGUGUACAGGGGAGUUUAAGAUUGUGACAGUGAUGAGGUUUAAAGAGAUGAUGGAAAUGGUUGACGAGGGAAGGGGGAAGGGGGAAGGGGAAAAUGUCAGGACUGAUUUUUGUGGGGAAUUUCAUGAGCUACAAAAAAUGUCUUAUGACAGUUUUGGAUAAACUUGAUGAUUUUUUAGAUAUUUGAGAUAAAGAAAAGGCGGUUUGAAUUUUUUUUCUGGUUUCGUCAGUUUGUUUUGUAACUUUCGAGCUGGAUUUUCUAGGUAAUUAUCGUUUCUACGUGAAAAAGUCAUAUAACAUUUUUUGUAGAGAAUUAAAGAGCUAUAAAAAAGAUCUUAUGAUAUUUUUUCAUAGAUCUGAGGGUUUUGGAGAUGUUCGCGGAAAAGGAGAGAAGGUUUCUGAAAUUUUUUAUUCGGUCAGUUUGUUUCAUAAAUUUCAAACUCGAUUAUCUAGAUAAUUAUCGUUUCUACGAAAAAAAAGUCAUAAGACAUUUUUUGUAGAGAAUCCGGAGGCUUUCUCUCUUCACUCCGCUCCAAUGAGAAUUAAUAAGAAUUAAUGUUAAUUAGUUGACAGGCGCCGACUUAAGAAACAAGGUAUUGAGAAUUUCUUUUGUAAAUAUUUUAUAAUUACUGUUAGAUCUAUGGAAUAACCUCGAGUAUAUAACCAUUAUUGUACGGAAAAUAAUGGAUAUGCAAUGACUUAAUGGAGGGAACAAUUAACAGGUUUGAUUAAUGAAGUAUGAAUAAAUGCAAUGA